UACCACACAGUCAGCACCAUUCUCUCCUCUGCUCUCCUUCCUACCAUUGCCAUUCAACCAGCCACCUCAAUUUCUUGGUUCUUUCCAACACAGUUUCCAUCACCUUUUGGAUUUUUUUCCAUAUCACCUUUUUUGCCCAUCUCAUACUUCUUCACCGACCACCCCACCCCCAUCUAACCUGCCUUUACAAUCAUUGUUAUUGCCUAGACCAACCACUACAAUAUCACCCACACCUCUUCCUAUCAAAUUGCCUCUCCCUAACACGACUUCUAAACCUUUUCUUGAGGGCAGAUGGGGCAAUAAAGGUUCUUUUCGCAUAGAUACUAAAUUUUUUUCUUUCUCUUUUGAUGGUGGAAGGGCUGAUUCUUAUGCUAUACACAAGAGUCGCUGGAAUAUUAAAAGUUCUGUUUGGGUGGGACAUAAAGGAUUGGAAUGGAUUCUCUCCUGUUUCGCUAAUAUUCGAGAUUGGGUUCUAGGAAAGGAUUAUCUAUGCAAACGCUAUAGAGAAAGCAAUAAGUUUUUUGAAUUCCAGGGAAGGUCGCAUAAGGCUGGUCUUUUUGUGGAUAUAGAUGUGUAUUAUGAUGGACCUCAUCAUGGUUGUGUUAUGAUACCUGCUAGCUCAAAUCGUUCUAGGUGGUGCUUGUUUACAAAAGAAUUAGACAGAUUCUUAUUAGGUGAGAAUACUAUAUUGGUGGAAGGGAUGACUUCUGAUGGUGUUGUUGGUGGUGGUCCGACGGAUGGCGGUGGACAAAAUGGGAAGAAAACAUACCAGUGGAAGUUUAGGAAUUUUGAAAAUUCUGGAGUUAUUUUGGGGCAUAACGUGAUUAAGGGUGAUUCUGCCGUUAUUGUAUCUAAUAUAAAUGGUAGACCCGCACGUGAGUUUACUUUUAAGUUGACUUCUGCCAACUUGCCGUUGAGGGUGUUUAAAUCAGAUGGGGGAAAACGAGUUGUAUCCUGGAUGGACCCAAAUAUUUCACACAUGUCCAAUAAAAGUGGGCUUGAUGUUUUAAAACGCGAAUCUGAGCAUGACAAAGCCCAAGUGGCUAACCCGAAAGGAAAGGCCCAUUUGGAGGUUUCCUAUCCGAGUGGUGUGGGCGAGAGUGUGCACAGUGAUCAGAGUGAGUUUUUUGGGCAAGAGUCCAAGGUUACCGAUGGAGGUAGCAGCGGCAUCAGUGGUGUCUGAGGCUCCGGUGGGUGCUAUAUUGCCGAUCCUUAGCAACAAGCCUCUUCCCGGUCAAGUUACGGAGCUUCUCGCCUCAAACCCGGUGGUUUCUCAUCCCGAUGGGGAAGGCGAAAGUUUUUCCAAGGUCGAUCUGAGAACCACGGUGGAGCUGCGACAACUUGGGCAUCUUGAAGUUGUGGGCUCAGGGUCGAACUCGGUGAUGUCAACACAGGAAAUCAUGCUUUUGAUUGGUGAUGAUCAUCUUGCUUUUCAUCGUUGUCUUCAUCGUCCUUGGUGGGAAGCUUUGAAUUGUUUUUCUCCCUUGUCCAACUUGGAUAGGGAGGGGGAUCCUUGGUCCAAGGAGGAAAAGGAGGUAGUAUUUACGGAGGCCCAUCCUGAGGUCAACGAGGGGGGUGCUUCCCAAAUAGGUAUGAUGUUUUCGGGUGUUGAGUUUGUAGAUGGGUUGCAAAAUGGUGGGUUGGAGCUUUUGCUUCUUCCAUGGGAGCAAAGUGGAGUUGACACUAGUGUUUCUGGUAGUGGGGGGCAAGAGAGUGGUCCUUUGGAGUGUGUACCGCUGUCUCGGGGGGAUCCUAAGGCAGUUAAGGAUAAGGUGUUGACUAGGGUUGAUGAAGAGGGUGAACAGUUGAAAUACAGUCUACAAUGAUGAGAAGUUUUUGCAAAAUGGUGGUUUUCCUAUUGUAAAACAUGAAUCUCAAUGUGCGGCUUUAUUUCGUUUAUUGGAACAAGAAUGUAUUGAGGUUGUAAAUGAUGGGUGUAUUCGAAGACCUAUUAAAUCUGGUCAGAAAGGUGUUAGAGAAUUUCGGGGGCUAGUAUCCAUAGUAAAUUAUGAUGGGUCCUCUUCUUGUAAUAGAGGUUCGUCAAAUGGUUUGGGGGCUAUUGGUAGUUAUAAAUGACUUUAAGACUCCUUUCUUGGAAUGUUAGGGGUUUGAAUAAUCCCCGGAAGAGGGAGGUUUGUAAGAAUCUCCUUAAGGAAUGGCGGUGCGAUAUAGUCUAUUUUCAGGAAACUAAACUUUCUUUGUUAAAUUCUGUUGUUAUGCGAAGCUUAUGGGGUAGUCCCUUCACUGAUUGGGCUGUCCUAGAUGUGGUUCAAACAUCCGCCCGGGGGGUGGGGGGGGGGUGUUUGCUGCUUUGGGAUAAGCGGGCGGUUGAGAAAAUUGAUGUUUUUGUUGGUCAAUUCUCAGUUAGUGUACUUUUUAGGGGAGUAUUGGAUGGUUGUGAAUGGGUUUGUACUGGUAUUUAUGGUCCAAAUGCAGACCAACAUAGGGCUGCUUUGUGGGAGGAGUUAUCAAGGGUGUGUGUUCGAUGGACCAUGGCUUGGUUAUUAUUUGGAGACUUCAACAUCAUUAGAUAUCCUGGUGAGAGGCUUGGCUGUGACUCUUUCAGCCUAGCCAUGUUUGCUUUUUCGGAUUUUAUAGAGAAUAAUUUCCUAGUGGAUUUACCAUUAGAUGGGGCUUCUUUCACCUGGUUUAGGGAUUCUAAACUAAAGUCUGUGUGCCGUAUUGACAGGACCUUGGUCUUUGCGGAUUGAGAGGACCAUUUUGGAAAUGUGUCUCAAAGGGUGCUUCAUUGUGUUAUUUCUGAUCAUUGUCCGCUUUUGGUGGAAACUAGUGGUGUUGGUAGGGGGUGCUGUGCUUUUAAGAUUGAGAAUAUGUGACCAAAAGUUGAGGGUUUUGUUGAGAAGGUUUAACAAUGGUGGAAUGGUUAUUGCUUUACGGGCUCUCCAAGUUUUGUUCUGCCUCAGAAAUUAAAGGCUCUUAAAGAAGACCUAAAGAAGUGGAAUAAGGAGGAAUUUGGAGAUUUGGCUUUUAAGAAGAAGAGUUCGUUGUUGGAGAUUUGGCUUUUAAGAAGAAGAGUUUGUUGUUUGAAUUAUUGGGUUUGGAUGCUAAGGAUGAAAUACUGGGCCUUCCGCAUGAGGAACAAUCUCGCUAAACACAGGUUAAAGGUGAUAUUGAAGUUUUAGCUUCUUUGGAAGAAACUUUGUGGAGACAAAAGUCCCGUGCUCUGUGUGUGAGGGAGAUAACAACACACGCUUCUUUCAUAGAUUAGCGAAUUCUCAUAGAAGAGCUAAUCAUAUUAGCAGUGUAGAGGUAGAUGGUGUUAUAUAUGAGGAUGAAUCUGUUGUACGUUCUCAGGUGGUCCAAUUUUAUUAGGAGCUUUAUACAGAGAUUGAUACUUGGCGUCUAAUUGUGGAUGGGUUGGAUUUUGCCUAUAUUGGGGAGGAUGAAAGGUUGUCCCUUGAGAGGGAAUUCUCGAGAGAAGAAGUUACCCAGGUUUUGAUAGAGAUGGAGGGGGAUAAAGCCCCUGGUCCGGACGGUUUCACCAUGGCAUUUUUUCACAAAUGUUGGUGGGUUGUGGAGGAUGAUGUUAUGGCUGUAUUUAAGCAGUCUCUAAAUGCUUCUUUUCUCUCUUUAAUUCCCAAGAAAACUAAUGCUGUCAAUAUUAAGGAUUUCCGGUGGGCAAUGUUUACAAGUUGCUGUCUAAGGUGUUGGCAAAUAGGUUGAGGGUGGUGUUAGACAGUCUAAUCUUGGAGUCUCAAAAUUCCUUUGUUGGUGGGAGACAAAUUUUGGACUCAAUGCUUAUUGCAAAUGAGUGCCUAAACAACAGAUCGAAGUGUCAUUCACCGGAUGUAGUUUGUAAGUUGGACAUAGAAAAGGCCUAUGAUCAUGUAAAUUGGGAUGCCUUACUCUAUUUGUUGAAUAUGAUGGGCUUUGGGUUAAAGUGGAGGGGGUGGAUUAAGGCUUGCAUAUCUACUGUUCGCUUCUCUGUUCUUUUGAAUGGAUCCCCAGUAGGUUUUUUUGGAAGUUCUCAUGGUUUGAGACAAGGUGAUCCUUUGUCCCUCUUCUUAUCCUUUUGAUUAUGGAAGUAUUAAGUUGGAUUCUGAAGAAAACUGAGGAUAGUGGUCUGCUUCGUGGUUUUCAUGUGGGACCAAUUAACUCUAUUGGGGUACGCAUAUUACAUUUGUUGUUUGCAGUUGAUACCAUUUUGUUUUGUGAUGCUUCUAGAGAACAAUCGUUGUCCAUUUGGCUGGCUUUGUCUUGCUUCCUAGCUUUUACUGGUUUGAAAGUAAAUGUGGGGAAGAAUGAGAUUGACCCGGUUGGGGAGGUUGGUAAUAUAGGUGCUUUGGCUAACAUUCUCUGUUGUAGGGUGGGUAGCCUGCCUAUGAAAUAUUUGGGAAUGCCGUUGGGUACUCCGUAUAAGACUGCAUCCAUUUGAAAUCCUAUUUUGGAGAAGAUGGAGAGGAAAUUAUUUGGUUGGAAGCAUCUGUAUUUGUCUAAGGGUGGUAGACUUACUCUUUUGAAGAGUAUCCUUUCUAGCCUUCCUACAUACCAUCUAUCCUUAUUUACCAUCCCUAUAGCUGUGGCUAAUAGAUUAGAGUGUAUUCAGAUGAAUUUUUUAUAGGGGUCUUUAGAGGAGUGUUUCAAACAUUCUUUGGUGGCUUGGGAGAAGGUUUGUUCACCAUUAGAGAUGGGUGGUUUGGGGAUUAGGAAGUUAGGUCACUUCAAUCAAGCCCUAUUGGGAAAAUGGUUAUGGAGGUUUGGCCAAGAAGGAACUCAUCUCUGGCAGAGGGUUAUUGCCACCAAAUAUGGAGAGGGUCAAGGGGAAUGGAAUACUAAAGUUUGUAGAAGGGUCCACGGGUGUGGUCUUUGGCGUGGUAUUAAUGAUGGUUGGGAAAGGUUCACCAAACAUUUGGCCCUAGUGGUGGGUGAUGGCUCUUGCAUUCUUUUUUGGCAUGAUAAAUGGUUUAGGGAUACCUCACUAAAAAUGCUCUAUCCUCAGUUAUAUGCAUGUUCAAAUGACAAGGAAGCUUGCAUUUCUGAUAUAUUGUAUCAUCAGGAGGGUGGAAAUGAUAGAUUUUGGAACGUGAGAUUUUAUAGGGAUUUUCAUGAGAGGGAAUUAGAAGCUGCCUUCUCAUUCCUGGAUUUCAUUCAGUCUUGGAUUCCGAGAGGCAUUGGGUGUGAUAGUCCCUAUUGGUGUCUUAAUGGGAAUGGUAAGUUCGAUAUUCGGUCCUUUUACAAUAAGAUCAGGGGUACUUCUCUCUCUAGCUUCCCUUGGAAGAAGGGUAUUUGGAAAGCAAGGUUCCUAAAAGGGUGGCUUUCUUCAUGUGGACUGCAUGGUUGGAUACUUGCCUUGGAUAAUUUGAUGCUUCGAGGUCUCCCUUUGGCGAAUCGGUACUGUAUGUGUUGCUGUACUGAGGAAUCUGUGGACCAUCUUAUUGUCUUGUAGCUCACUCUUUGUGGGUGCAAAUGUUACAAGUUUUCGGGAUCCAAUGGGUCAUGCCAGGUUCAAUGGAGAGUUUGGUGUUUUGUUGGAGUAAUUGGCUGGGGAAAUUUUCUUUGGACAUAUGGUUCCUGACUGUUUGAUGUGAGUUGUUUGGAUGGAAAGAAAUCGGUGCUCAUUUGAGGCUAAAGAGAAAUCGCUUGUUCAGUUACAAGCUCUAUGCCAGAGUACUCUUUUUGAUUGGGCUAGGUGCUGGGGUUCUUCAAAUUGUUCUUCUAUUUUGGAGUUUCUUACUUUCUUACUUCCCUUAGAAUUGUCCCUUAAGUUGUUUUUUAUAUCUUUGUUGUUUUUUGUUGCUGUUUCUUGUGUUCACCAUCAUGAACACCUUGUAUUUGCUGUUUUCGCUUUUUCUUCAUGACUAAUACGAUUCUUAUUACUUAUAAAAAAAAAAAAAAAAAAGGGUAAGAUUUUCUUUCCACCACCUAUGAGAAUAUGAUAGCCUUCAUGAUACAUGUUGUAAAAAUGCUAUAAUUCAUUGUAUUCUUUCUUGCAUAAUUAAGAGUUCUGUUUUUAGUUCCAAUUAGGGUGGCAAACAUUUAAAACAAGCUCAUUAACCCACCCUAGCCGUCUCAAUAUAGGGGAGUAAUAACCAACCCAUUUAGAUACUGGGUUUAAUGGUUACAACCCCAUUUAUUACCCAUUUAAAGUAUGUAUUAAAUGGGUACCCGUUGGUUAUCCAUCUGAAGUACUAUACAGUUGACAUUUAAUGGCUGCCCAAUUUCAAGCUUAAUCAUUGUGGUGGAGCAGACUAGGGAUUGCUGUUUUGGCUUGGCCCAUGGGUACCUGCUCUGCCUAGUUGCAGAUUUAGGGGUCAAAGCAUCUUCCAUGGGGUGGGAGCAGGUUUUCCAUUUUCCACCUACAAUGGUUUG